UGAGCUGGGCUGCGAAUUGGGCGGCCGGAGCUGAGAAUCCCGCUCAGCCGGGCAUCACCUGAGCCGGCCUGCAGCCAUGAGCAGCGAUGACUCCUCCCUCAUGGCUUCGAUCAUUUACUACAGCCAGGAGAAGUACUUCCACCAUGUGCUGCAGGCUGCGACUGUGGGCCUCGAGAGGUACAGCAGCGACCCUGUGCUGCAGUUCUUCAGGGCUUAUGGAGUCCUCGGGGAAGAGCACAUCCACGAUGCCAUCAGCGAGCUGGAGAGCGUCCAAAGCCACCCAGACACAUCCCUGUGUGCCGUCAUCGCUCUGCUGUAUGCUCACAAAUGCUGCGACACCAUCGACGCAGAAGCAGUUCAGGAGCUGGAGAGUAGUCUGAAGGAAAUGCGCAGGACGGCCAGCGACACCGCCCUGUACUACGCCAGCCUCUUCCUCUGGUUCAUGGGCCACCACGACAAGGCCAGGGAGUAUGUUGACCACAUGUUGAAGGUCUCCGGUGGCUCCAAAGAGGGCUACGUGCUCAAAGGCUGGGUGGACCUCACCUCCAGUAAAGCCCACGUUGUGAAGAAGUCCAUCAAGUACCUGGAACAAGGAACUCAAGACACCAAAGACCUCCUGGGGCUCAUGGGCAAGGCAUCGUACUUCAUGACACAGCAGAACUUCUCCGGGGCCCUGGAGGUGGUGAACCAGGUCACCUUGGCCUGCAGCAACUUCCUGCCGGCCCUAGUCCUGAAGAUGAAGCUGUUCCUGGCUCGGCAGGAUUGGGAUCAGACCAUAGAAACCGGACAGAGAAUCCUUGAAAAAGACGAAAACAAUAUUGAUGCCUGGCAAAUUCUAGCUUUGCAUGAGCUCGUGAAAGAAGGAAACACAGACAGAGCUGCCGACCGCGUCAGAAACCUCAUCAAGGCGCUAGAGACGGGAGAGCCCCACAAUCCAAACCUACAUCUUAAGAAGAUCCUUGCAGUCAGCAGGCUGUGUGGGAGGCACCAGGUGGUCCACCGGCUUGUGAGUGGCUUCCUGGAGCGCAUCUUCAUGGCCACACCCUCCUGUGCCCUCGUGGCCACUGAGCUGGGUUACCUCUUCAUCCUACAGCAGCAAGUGAAGGAAGCGUGUCUGUGGUACAAGGAGGCCAUGAAGCUGGAGGAGAACAGGCUGGCUGCCUUGGCAGGGAGCAUCUGGUGCCAGAUCCUGCAGGGCCAGCUGGAGGAGGCGGCUCACCAGCUGGAGUUCCUCAAGGAGGUGCAGCAGUCCCUCGGGAAGUCUGAGGUGCUGGUUUUCCUGCAAGCCCUCGUAGCAGCUAAGAAGCAAAAACUGGAGCAAGAGGCCACAGCACUCCUGAAGGAGGCUGUGGAGCUGCAUUUCUCCAACAUGCAGGGCCUGGCCCUGAGCCCCGAGUACUUUGAAAAGCUGGACCCCCUCUUUCUGGUCUGCAUCGCCAAGGAGUAUCUGCAUUUCUGCCCCAAGCAGCCCCGGUCACCUGGCCAGCUCGUGUCUCCACUUCUUAAACAAGUCGCCAUGAUCUUGAGUCCUGUGGUGAAGGUGGCCCCGGCCAUGAUGGAGCCGCUGUAUGUGAUGGCUCAGGUCAAGUUCCUCUCAGGGGAGCUGGAAAACGCGCAGAGCACCCUGCAGCGCUGCCUGGAGCUGGACCCCACCUUUGUGGAUGCUCACCUCCUCAUGUCCCAGAUCCACCUGGCCCAGGGCAACUUCGCCAUGUGCUCCCACUGCCUGGAGCUGGGGGUCAGCCACAACUUCCAGGUCCGAGACCACCCCCUCUACCACUUCAUCAAAGCCAGAGCCCUCAAUAAGACUGGCGACUAUGCCGAAGCCAUAAAGACCUUAAAAAUGAUCAUAAAGGUGCCCACCUCGAAGGCAGAGGAGGGCAGGAAGUCCCGAAGCCCCUCCGUUCGGCCCAGCGAGCGGGCAUCCAUCCUGCUGGAGCUAGUAGAGGCCCUCCGACUGAACGGGGAACUGCACGAGGCCACCAAGAUCAUGCAGGAUGCCAUCAACGAGUUCAGCGGCACGCCAGAGGAGAUGCGCAUCACGGUCGCCAACGUGGACUUGGCUCUGAGUAAGGGCAAUGUGGACCUGGCACUGAACAUGCUGAGAGGCAUCACGCCCAAGCAACCCUGCUACACCGAAGCCACAGAGAAGAUGGCCAGCAUCUACCUGCACACUCGCAAGGACGUGCGUCUCUACAUCAGCUGCUACGUGGAACUUUGUGAGCAUCUGCCUGGCCCCCACAGCAGCCUGCUCCUGGGUGACGCCUUCAUGAAUAUUCAGGAGCCUGAGAAAGCCCUGGAGGUGUAUGACGAGGCCUAUAGAAAGAACCCUCACGAUGCCUCCUUGGUCAGCAGGAUCGGGCAAGCCUACGUGAAGACCCAUCAGUACGCCAAGGCCAUUAAUUACUAUGAGGCCGCCCAGAAGAUCAGCGGGCAGGACUUCCUGUGUUGCGAGCUGGCUGAACUGCUCCUGAAACUGAAGAAAUACCACAAGGCAGAGAAGGUGCUGAAGCAGGCCUUGGAGCGAGACUCGGGGGUCAAGGACAUCCCAUCCAUGAUGAAUGAGGUCAAGUGCUUGCUUUUGCUGGCAAAGGUUUACAAGAGCCACAAGAAGGAAGAGGUGAUGGAAACGCUGAAUCAGGCCUUGGACCUCCAGUGCCGGAUACUGAAGCGGGUUCCUCUGGAGCAACCGGAAAUGAUCCCCUUCCAGAAUCAGCUGGCAGCCUCCAUCUGCAUCCUGAUCGGAGAGCAUCAUCUCACAGAGAAAGAUUACGACAGCGCUGUGAAAUCCUAUAAGGACGCCCUCACCUACUCGCCCACAGACAAUAAGGUGGUGCUGGAGCUGGCGCAGCUCUACCUGCUCCAGGGGCAGCUGGACUUGUGUGAACAGCGCUGUGCCCCCCUCUUAGAGAUGGAACAGACCCACGAGAGAGCAGCUGUGAUGCUGGCUGACCUGAUGUUUAGAAAACAAAACUACGAGACCGCCAUCAAUCUGUACCGCCAAGUGCUGGAGAAAGCUCCAGACAACUUUUUGGUAUUGAAUAAACUGAUCGAUCUGCUCCGGCGGAGCGGCAAGCUUGAAGAGGCCCCUGCUUUCUUUGAACUGGCCAAGAAGGUGUCCAGCCGGGUGCCUUUGGAGCCAGGGUUUAACUACUGCCAAGGCGUUUACUGCUGGCACAUUGGACAGCCCAAUGAAGCCUUGAGGUUUCUGAACAAAGCCCGAAAGGACAGCGCUUGGGGCCAGCUUGCCACCUGUUACAUGGUACAGAUCUGUCUGAACCCUGACAACGAGAUUGUCGGAGGAGAGGCUUUUGAGAGCCUGGUGGGUGACAGCAACUCUGCCAGCAGGAAAGAGUCUCAGCAGCACGGGGUGCGCACUGCAGAGAAGCUACUUCGGGAAUUUUACCCGCACUCGGAAUCCGGGCAGACCCAGCUCCGGCUGCUGCAGAGUCUCUGCCUGCUGGCCACCAGGGAGAAGGCGAAUGUAGAGGUGGCUCUGGGAGCCUUUAUCGAGAUGGCCCAGGCUGAGAAGGACAGCAUCCCUGCGCUGCUGGCCAUGGCACAGGCCUACAUACUCCUAAAGCAAGUCCCGAAGGCCCGGACGCAGCUGAAGCGUGUGGCCAAAUUCCCCUGGAUGCUGGACGAGGCCGAAGGCCUGGAGAAGAGCUGGCUUCUGUUGGCAGACAUCUACUGCCAAGGCGGCAAGUUCGACCUGGCCUUGGAGCUGCUGCGCCGCUGCCUGCAGUAUAACAAGUCUUGCUGCAGGGCCUAUGAGUACAUGGGCUUCAUCAUGGAGAAAGAGCAGUCAUACAAGGACGCAGCGACCAACUACGAGCUGGCCUGGAAGUACAGUCAUCAGGCCAACCCUGCCAUUGGUUUCAAACUGGCUUUCAACUACCUGAAAGACAAGAAGUUCGUAGAUGCCAUUGAAGUCUGUCACAGCGUCCUGACGGAGCACCCCAACUACCCCAAGAUCAGGGAGGAGAUUUUGGAGAAAGCUCAAGGGUCCUUGAGGCCCUAGCUGUGGAUGGAAGGGGCUUGGGCCGGGAGAAGCAUCAGUCUAUAGACGGUUCAGGGGGAGAGCAGAAGCGAAGCCGCGGAGAAACAAAUGAGAAUGCAUAUCCCCCCAUGUCUGUAUCAUCUGUGCUUUAUUUGGAUUCACACUUCGUGUGAAAGCUUUAUGUUCCUGAGGCCCAAGAAGUAAUCUUGCCUGGGGAAGACAGACAGCUGGCUUAGCCUGUGCCGGGGAUUCCCAGGCCUUUCACACAGACCCCACAUUUGUUCCAGACUCUUGAAGAUGUAGAACAGAGACCCCCCUCCUCCUCCCAGCACAAUGAUGGCUAGGAAAGUACCCUGUAGCUACUUCGAGGUGUGCCCCUACCCCAGUCUUGUCCCCAGCAUCUCAGAGCUGGAGAAGCACUGCCCCUUCCUGCCAUGGUGCUCGGUCUGCCCGGCAGUGGGCUCAGUCAGGAGGACAGCAGACUGUCAAGGCCCAUCCACGGUGCUUCUCUGUCCCCACGACCUGUUCCUACCCACCUCUCCCAAGCUGGACCUCACCCGUUUGGGGCAAGCCAGAUUACCACUGAGCCCCAUCCUCCCCCUACAUGCAACCACACUUUGACUUUUGUAAAAAAUAUUGGCCAACCAGCUCACCUUCUGGGACCCCACUUAAUCCCUAAAGGAGCGGACACAGUGGUUCGCAUUCAGGUGGCUAAUGAUCAUUUUAACUGGGUUCCUGUUUCUCAGGAUGGAAUUAUGGGUCACCCCAGCCUCAGGGGAAGGAACUCUGAACUGGGUAUCUGGAGGCCUGAGUGCUCACCGUGUACUCUUCCCAAGUGCUUUCCCUCUCCAGGUCUCAGUGCCCUCCUCUUGAGCAAGAAAUCAGACUAGCCCUGGGCAGGGCACGUUGACCCUGUGGAGCACGCGCCUGGCAGGCACGAAGCCCUGGGUUUGACCCCCCAGCAUCACUUAAACUGGCUUUGGUGGUGCACACCUGGAACCCCAGAAUGUUGGAGGUGUAGGCAGUAAAGUCGUCAGGUCAGGGUCAUCUAAUUUAGUGUCUGAGGUUGUUUCGGGGUGCAUGAGAGCAUGUCUCAAAAAAGAGAAGAAAAAAGAAAAAGAAGACUCUACUUCCCAAAUCGUUGUAUCAUGUUUUGCUGGUAAUGUCCAGAAAAUGUUUUAUUUAUGGUCCUGGGAUUGAAAUGAGGGGUACAUUCUGUACCCCCAAGCUAUACUUUUCAUGCCUUAAAUUGAACCACCCUGUGCUUAUCCAUGUUUAUAUAAUAGCUAGCACAACACAUUUAGGAAUUCUUAGGCGCUGAACAGCCUCUAUCACUUUUAAGGCUAUUGAUACAUUCUAUUUAAAGAAAACUACAGGCAGGCAUGGUAUAAUCCUGCAGUCACAAUCCCAGUGCUUGGGGGUGGGGAGGGGCCCAGGAAGGGCAGCUGCAAGCCGGAAGCCAGCCUGGCUUGCACAGUAAGUUCCAAGACCAUCCAGGGCUAUGUAGCCAGAUGCAGCCUCAAAACAAAAGAGGGGUGAGAUAGCCCAGCAGGUAAAGGUUCCUGUCCCAACUCUAAUGACCUGAUUUGACACCCUGGGUCCUACACCGUGGAAGGAGAGGAGAGAACCAACUCCUGCAAGUCGCCCUCUGACUUCCACACAGGGACUGUAGCAUGUGUAAGCUCACAUGUAUACACAAAAUAAAAAUGUAAUCAUGACUAAAUUAACGAAUAAAGAAAACAGCCUCAAAUCAA